AUGGGAAAUAAUGUUACUGAAUUGAUCCUCAUGGGUAUUUCCCAGAAUAAGGAAGUACAGCAACUAUGCUUCAUUUUGUUCCUACUUUUUUAUAUAAUCCUCAUGACAGGAAAUCUUUUCAUUAUAAUGACUGUUCUAAGGAGCCCAAAUAUCAGCUCUCUGAUGUUCUUCUUCCUCAGCCUCCUAUCCUUUGUUGACAUCUGCUAUUCCUCUGUCACAGCCCCCAGGCUGAUUAUUGACUUUUAAGUCAAGGACAAAAGAAUCUCUUUUGUUGGCUGUAUGCUCCAGCUCUUUUUCUCCCACCUGUUUGGCUGCACAGAAAUCUUUAUCCUCACAGUGAUGGCCUAUGACAGGUACGUGGCCAUCUGUAAGCCUCUGCACUAUUUGACUAUCAUGGACUGGAAAUUCUGCUCCAUCUUGCUGGUGUUCUGCUGGUUAGGAGGGUUUGUGCAUACUCUGGUCCAGACCAUGCUCAGUGUACAACUGCCUUCCUGUGGCCCAAACCUGAACGACCACUACUUCCGUGACGUCCACCCUUUACUGAAGCUGGCUUGCACAGACUCGUAUGUGCUGGGGCUCGUUAUGGUGGCCAACAGUGGCGUGAUUUCACUGAGCUCCUUUGUCAUUCUUGUCGGUUCUUACAUUGUCAUCUUGCUUUCUUUCAAGACCUGCUCAUCAGAGGGGAGGCACGAGGCCCUGCCCACAUGUGCUUCCCAUAUCAUUGCCGCCAUCUUGCUUUUCUUCCGCUGCCUCUUCAUGUACCUGAGACCUUCCACCACUUUCCCUGAGAACAAGGUAGUGGCUGUAUUUUACACCAUCAUCACACCCAAGCUGAACCCUUUGACCUACACCCUGAGAAACAUGGAUGUGGAAAAUGCCAUGAUGAGACUGUGGAUCAAGAGGUUGUUUGGCAGAAAUAGGAGAGACUCUGAUAGGAAGCUCAGUGGUACUGGAACAGCCUCAGUUGUACCAGUUUCCAAAAAUGGUUACUGA